GCUUGGCAUGGUGGCUGCCUGGCCUUGGCCGAGCUGACGCGGCGAGGUCUGCUUUUGCCCGAGCGCCUGCCUACGGUGAUCCCUUUGAUCUGCCAGGCGCUCCACUUCGAGCAGGUGUCUGGCAACCAUGCGGUUGGUCAGCAUGUGCGGGAUGCUGCGUGUUAUGUGUGUUGGGCCUUCGCUCGCGCCUACGCACCAGAUGUACUGCAACCAUACGUAGAAGACCUGGCGAAAGCUCUGAUCCAGGUAGCGGUUUACGACCGCGAAAUCAACUGCCGGCGCGCUGCAGCUGCUGCCGUGCAGGAGAAUGUCGGCCGACAGGGCACAUUUCCAGACGGCAUUGAAGUUGUCACCAUCGCCGACUACUGGACCUUGUCUGGCCGGCGGCACGCGUAUCUCGAGGUCGCGCCAAAGAUCGCCGGCCUCGGGAACGGCGGAUACAGGCCCACAAACAAGCAGAGCGGAGAGCGGAGGGACGGAGAGAGGCCCCGUCUCGUCCAUUCCUGUUUGGCUUUGCGACCCCUCGUUUCUUUGUGCCCUGCGGCCACUGAGCUCGUCACGAUCGUCUGCUCUGGUCGCUGCCCCGUCACUCCAUCCUUCGAAUCAGAGGCCUUCUUUCCCGGGCACCAUCUCCUCCGCAGUGAGUUCCGUCGGUUCAGCGGGAAGCCCGUGCUUUUGCCCCAUGUUGCGAUCGCUUCGCCUGCUGUGCCUUUGACGCUUCAGAGCCGAGGGCGGCCUGCUCGCUCUGUGAGUCCUUUCGUACAUGUUCGCCAGGAAGUCAUGGCAUAUCAUGGCAUGUCGGGGCACUUCCGAAAGCGUCCAGACGAAUGCUACAUGAAAGCUUCCAAGCAGAAGCGAAGCGACUCUCUCGGCGCUCCUUUGCUGAGUGAGGACCUUCAGAUCCGGAUGCUGGGCGCCAAGGGCCUGGCGUGCUUGGCCUGCAGUGAGCCCGGGCCCUGA